AUGGCGGACCGGCAGUCGGUGCAGCACAGCCUUAACAGCCUGCUCUCUAAACUGAGCGACCCUGACCCGGACAUGCGAUACAUGUCGCUAAAUGAUCUACUUGGCAUUUUAAAUAAUCCUAAUUCCACCUAUCUGGCUCACGACCAAGUCUCCUCAUCAAGACUGGCUGAGGGCUUAUUAAAGGCCUUGGAUGACCAACAUGGCGAUGUCCAGAACCAAGCCCUGAAAUGUCUUGGUCCUCUUGUCCUUCGACUGCCCUUCGAAAGCCUUGCAUCUCUUCUCGAAAAGCUCACCAACCUGACAGCCUCGCAAACCAUUGACACAUCCGUUCCGAAUACUGCUCUGAGAUACAUUGUGACAGCUCUACCUCGGCCGCAGCCGGGUCAGCCUCCAAGUCAGGAGGCGACAAUGGCAUAUUCGGCCGUCUCUCGCGUCCUCAUUCCCCGAUUGACUGGCCCGACUCCAUCCCCUACUAGUCGGCGUGGCUCGAUCGUCAAGGGCAUGUUGGAGAAGGAUCCAUCAAAGGGCUUCAGCAGUGAUGCUAUUGAUGUACUCAUUCAGGUUGUCACUUGCUUUGGCCCCCUGCUGAAAGAACCCGAAUUGACUGCCUUGCAAAACUCCGUCCUGUCUAUCGUCGAUAACGAUACAGCUGGCACCGUGGUCACCAAAAGGGCUCUGACGGCCAUAUCUGCCCUCGUGCUCCACUUCUCCGAUGCUCAACUUAGCGCUUUUGUCCAGGGGCUGGUCCAAAGAUUCAACUCCCCACAACUUAGUACAGUCCAUCGGCGUCACCUCAUUGCCACUGUCGGUGGUGUAGCGAAAAGUGCCCCGGCCAAGUUUGGUCCUCAUCUUCCUACACUAGCCCCUUAUGUCUUUGCUGCUGUUGGCGAGGAUAACUUAGCACAAUAG